CAGACUGUAUGCACAUACUGGCUGAAAGGCCUGUGCAUGAAAGGAGAGGAGUGCGGCUUCCUGCACCAGUUGGACCCCCAGCGCAUGCCUGUUUGCCGCACGCUCCUCAAAUUUGGGGAGUGCAAAGAUCCAGAGUGCCCUUUCAAGCACAACCUGGAAGAAGUAAAGGAGUGCAACAUGUACAAGCUGGGAUUCUGUGUGUACGGGCCAAGGUGCCGCUUCAGGCAU